AUUAUUACAGAAUUUUAACUUCAUACUAAUAAUAACAUACUAAAAGACUUUUUAUAAAAUCAAAAUAUUUUAUUUAUAUUAUGAAAGUGAAAGUAAACUUAUCCAGCUUAUGCUUAUCCUAACCCACAAUCUAAUUCAGUCAAAUUUUAAAAAUGGGUCUUAGUGCCACGUUACUUUUAGAAAUAUCUUUUGUCAUCUUAUGUUUUCUCCAAUAUUCAGUCCAACAAGCUACACCACCAUGGUAUGAAAAUUUGCCAGCUGUUGCUAUGGAUUACAAAGUUUAUAUAAAUCCUGGAAAGGAAGAUUGUUACUUCCAAUAUGUUAACCCAGGAGCUACCUUCUAUGUAAGUUUUCAGGUUGUUAGAGGAGGAGAUGGUAUGGCAGGAUUUGCAGUUAGACAUCCCAAUGGACAAAUAGUUCAUCCAUAUCAAUGGCAGGCAAGUAGUGAAUAUCAAGAUCAGCAGUCAGUAGGAGGAUAUUACUCAGUAUGUAUUGAUAAUCAAUUUUCAAGAUUUGCAGGGAAAUUGGUUAACAUUUACAUGACCGUGGUACGGUAUGAUUUAUGGGAAUCAUACACAAAAGAAAUAGAAUCUCUUAACAUGAAUAUGGAGAAUUUCACCUCAACUAUUGUUCAAGUUGAAAUGAAUAUCAACAACAUGCUCCAAUAUCAACAUCAUUCAAGAGCACGGGAAGCUUGGGACUUUAAUUUACUAAAGGAUAACAAUUCAUAUGUAAUAAGGUGGUCAAUUAUUCAAAUUAUUGUCAUUCUAGCAACAACAUGUAUUCAAAUUUACUUUGUUCGAAAAUUAUUUGACAUUAAAACAGGAGGCUCAAGUAGAUCAAGAAUUUAAUUUUAAGUAAAACUUUAUUUUUGUUCAUGUUACACAGAAGGCUGAAAAUCAUUUGAAUUUUGAAUCAAAAAGUCAUUUCUAAAGCUGUCAUUCUAGCUGUGCAUUUAUUAUGUUCAUUAUGUUGUUACAUUCCUAAGAAGUGGCUUCACAUAUACUGUUUACACACAGUUCCAUAUUUCUUCAAUAUUCAUGUAUGAAAUGAAAGUCUUAAAACAUAUAAUACUGUGUGAAUUAAUGGAAUCAGGCU